CUAUGGUGUUAUUUAGUUUUGUUUUGAAUCGAGCGAGAAGCAUCGCGACUGCCGAGCAAUUGCAACAAGGCGUCGAGGAGAUCUGGAUACCGUCUUCGGAACCUUGCUUUAACCGUGAAGAUGAUUUUCGACAAGGUGAAAAAGUUUCACGUCGUUUUCGACUCGCCUGAUGUUGACUGUCCGCCUGUGUUCAGCAGCGGGGAUGUGGUGUCCGGUCGGGUCGUGCUCGAGCUCUCUGCAGAAAGUAAAGUGCAGUCGGUAAAGCUUCAUGCUGAAGGUUAUGCAAAGGUUCAUUGGACCGAAUCUCGCAGUGCAGGGUCCAGUACGGCUUACACGCAGAACUACAGCGACGAGGUGGAAUAUCUGAACCGGAGAGAGGUGCUGCUGCAGGCAGAUAACGGGGAAUCGACCACCCUUCCUGCUGGAAGACAUGAAUACCCUUUCAGUUUCCAGCUGCCUGAAGAGACUCUGGUGACUUCCUUUGAAGGCAAGCAUGGCAGCAUUCGGUACUGGGUCAAGGUGAAGUUGCACCGACCGUGGCUUCCGGUGAAGAAGAUCAAGAAAGAGUUUACGGUUAUCGAACCCAUUGACAUCAACACACCGUCCCUACUUGCACCUCAGGCUGGAACCAAAGAGAAGAUGGCUCGUGUCUGGUACCACAACUUUGGACAAGUGUCUGUCACCGCAAAGAUCGACCGCAAAGGCUACACACCAGGUGAAGUGAUUCCGGUCUUUGCUGAAUUUGACAACUCGACCUCCCGAUCUGUGGUGCCCAAGGCUUACAUCACCCAGACACAGACCUUCAUCGCAAGGGGCACCAUGAAGCAGAAGCAAGCCGUUGUAGCCACCCUGUGUGGAGAUGUCGUGGGAGCACGACGCAGGGAGACCUGGCACGGCCGCGCCAUCAAGAUCCCUCCAGUCGGUCCCUCCAUCCUUCAGUGCCGUAUCAUCAAAGUGGAGUACAUGCUUAAGGUGUGUGUGGACAUUCCUGGCCCCUCAAAGCUGUCUCUGGAGCUUCCACUGGUCAUGGGGACCAUCCCUCUCCAUCCUUUUGGCAGCCGCACCUCCAGCGUCAGCAGCCAGUACAGUCUGAACAUGGACUGGCUCCGCAUGGCCAUCCCCGAGCAGCGUGAAGCCCCUCCUGACUACAGCUCGAUCAUCACCGAAGAGGAGGCAGAGCAGAAUUCUGCAGCCAGCCGUGUUGAGGAGGACCUCAGCGCAGUGCUAGAGCGCCCCUUCAUGGCAUACGUGCAAGAAUUCCGCUUCAGGCCACCGCCAGUAUACAGCGAGGUGGACCCGAAUCCUCAGCCCAUCAACAUCAGACCACGCUGCAUGACAUGUUGAACAUCACGCUGAGCAUCACACGGUGAUGUCAUGAUUGAAAUGAAAUAAAGCAGGGAUUUGCAUUCUGCCAGAGGCUUUGGAUCUCUGAGACUGGCACAUGCCCCUGGGGAGCUGCGUUCAUCGGCUUAGGAUAUGUGCGGUGACGCCAGUUAAGGAUGAGAACUAGGAACUGUCUGGACUGAUGGUCAGAUGGAUUCCUGAGUCUUUGCAAGAGAGAGAAAAAUUUGAAGAAGCACCAGAUGGAUGGAUUUUUUUCUUUUUCCUCUCGCAUAUCUGUCUUUUAACCUGUCUCCGGGUAGACUUUGGUCAGUGCCCGCUAAUGACUAACAACCUCUGAAGCUUAUUUCGUGUUAUGGAGGUGGCUAGUCUGAGAAAGGUUUGCUUGUGAAGGAGCCUUUUUUUUUUUUGUAGUAAUGCCUAACCCCAUGGGCUCAGUGUUUAAGUGACUUUUCUAUACUUAAAGUCAACAUUGGUGCCAACUCCAUAUCAUGUAAUCACCAUCUGCUAGCUGGAGCAAUAAUGCUUUUAAACAACAAACCACUGGUGGUGGUAGUCAGGAGUGCUUCCAGGCAUGCGUUGUUUCUCCUUAGUAUCUCUAGCAUCAAAAACAUAAUGUUAAUCUAAGCUCUUUUUGGUGUUUGUUGAAUGCGGGUUAAAAAAAAAAAAUAGAGAGGGAGAGAGUUGUGUAUGUUCAGACCUGCUUUAAUAUGCACAUGUGUAGUACAGGUCUAAAGGAAAAGUUAAAGCUUCGAGUCAAGGAGUCUCCGUAUUUCCUGAAAAUCCUGGAGGCAGGAUGUUUUCUUGAAUAAGAUACUGCCCAUGUGAUGAUGAUGAUGAUGAUGAUGAUGAUGAUUAAGACAGAAUUGUGCUGAAGACGAACAUAAACAUGUAAGGCUUUAACUUGACUCUAACAAGGUGCUUUUCUAUGUUUUUGCCAGUGGCCUUAUGACUUCUUACAAUGCUGUAGGAGGCACAAACAUUACGUCUUAAAGUCGUUCGCUGGAUAACAAGCCAUGUUUGCUCACGGUGCCUUUUUUUUUUCUGUUGUUGCAACAGCAGCUCGACUGAGUACAGGGAUUAUGCACGACGAUGCAUUAAGCUUUAAACUUGUUAUACCACUCUGAAGUGUACUUAACAUUCCAAAGAUAGCUAAUGAAAUUCCAAAUUGUGAAAAACAACGUCAGGUAAUAACACAUUGAAUGUACUGUUUAUGGCACUCAUGGAAAAAAUGAAUGUAUUUUAUAGGGUUUUUUUCUUGAUGUCCAAAAUAUAUAUAUAUAUAUAUAUAUUUUCUUAAUCAUUUUCUAAUAAAAAAAAAUGAACCAAAUCUAA